UGGAUGCCGAGCAAACAAGACGCCAAAUCUAUUCAAAGUGCACGUAAUUUCUAAUUGAGUGUCAAGUUUAAAGAUGAUACAAAAACAUAUUCUCUUGGUGCCUUUGCUGCAGUCAAUUCUUUUGAUGGGCUCCCUUGAAGCGGGCUGUCCUGUUUACCUCACCAUUUCGCUGACGGGCAAAACGCUGCAGGACACCUUUCUUGAGAUCAAUUGGGGUCCCAACUGCUUUGGACCACCGCAGUGGGUGGGUAUCUACAGCCAGGAUCCGACCAUCUCCAGCUUUCAGCCCGAUCUGCGUAUCAAUGGGAUUUUUAAUAGGACCGGCAAGAUGCUGACGUCCAUCAAGCUGGGCAAGCUGCGUUUUCCUGGCGGCUGGAAUAAACAGGACAGUGGCGACCAGCUGGCAACGCAAUAUCCCAUGGGAAAGUGCCUGCCACACUAUGUGGCCAGCUACAAUGGCACUGAGCUGCUCACCGUGGAUUGCCUCAAGAUACAGCCCAACUGGAUGGCCCAGACGAAGCACGUCAGCCGGCUGCCGCUGAAGGACAUCUUCCUGCCCGGCACACAUGCCUCGGGUGCCGUCUUGGGCAGCUCCAGUAAGUCCGAUUCGAUACUGGUCAGGGAUUACCUGGUGGCCCAGCAACUCGAUGUUUGGUCGCAGCUGGUCUUUGGCAUUCGUUAUCUCGAUUUAAGCAUAGGAUACAAGAACAUGAAUACGGAUAAGGAUGCGGAUAAUUUCUGGAUAGCCAACGAGAACAUGCUGAUUACACCUCUGCUCGGAGUUCUGCGUGAUGUUCGUCAGUUUGUUAAAAGAUCUGGCGAAAUGGUAGUCCUGGAUUUCAGUAGUUUUCCCAUUGGCUUCUACAAACACCCGGAGAUCUACAGUUCGCUAUUCCGCCUGCUUCGCCAGGAGCUGGGUGAUGAGGCGUAUCGGCGCAAUGUGAGCAAGGACGAAAACUGCGCGAAUCGAAAUUUAAGCGAAGUACUGCUGCAAAAGAGGCAUCUGGUGAUAUUAUUUCCCACGCAGGAACUGCCCUAUCCGGAGAAAGAAUCGAACAUGCUCUGCCCGCCCUGGCAGCGUUUCAGCACCAGCUUCAUGAAUAUUUCUCAAACCCUGGACUAUAUGCGUCUGCUGUUCAGCAGGAAGCCGGAUUCUCCAGUUCGGAAUGUUGGCUGGAUAUUCACGGCGGUGAGGAGCAUGGAGCAGUCACUGAACGCCCACCAGCUGCAGACCUCCAAGGAGCGGGCAACGGUGCUCAAUCCCAAGAUAAACAAGUGGCUAAAAGGACCUUGGGGUAAUAAUGCCAAUGUGGUUGCCAUGGACUACUUCAGCAAUACGAAUGUCGUGGAUCUGGCCAUACAAGUCAAUGCGCACAAGGCCUUUAUCUUGGCCAACAACGAUUAUAUAAAUUUGGAAAUUUUUAACGUGUACUGAGACUUGUAAUAAUA